AUGGGGGAUUCCGGUGGUCCAGUUGUUGGCAAUGGGCAGCUCCAGGGCAUUGUCUCCUGGGGGAUAGGAUGGGCGCAGACACAAACUGGGUUUAAACUAAGGUUUGCAAUAAUGUCUUCUGGAUAA